AUGUUGCCGUUCCGUGUGGCCCGAACCCGUUUAUGCGUGACACCGCAGUCAUUAUUACCUCGCACUUACUUCUCAACGAAACGUCGACCCUCAUCCUCGACCUUGAAGAAAGUCGCAGUUGGAUGUGCUAUUACUGUGCCCGCGCUUUGGUACCUCAUACAUGCUCGCAUGGUCCUUGAUGAUGCCCCAUAUCUUCAAGACCCCCCUACUGAUCAUUGGGACGUUGAGCCCAGUCCUUACAAAGAUCAAGUAACGAGCAUCUUAUCUCAAGGUUCAUAUGUAGCGCCGGUCCAAAAUGUGCCAGGUGUCGUGAGGUAUGAUGGUGCCCAGGUAGCCUCCAAUAACCCAUGUGAAGACUACUUUAUCCAUGGAAAGUUUCCAUCACCGUGGAAUGAUGGCAACCAGUGGAUGGCUUGGGGUCUUUUCGACGGCCACGGGGGUGGACAUACAGCAGAGCUACUGAAGGAAAAGCUCCUGCCUUUUGUUCGACACAGCUUGAACCAAGUCGAGCGUUCUCCAGACGGGAGAAUGGUACCCGAAGAGCUGAUUCAGCACGCAAUCAUGAAAGGGUUCCAGAACCUCGAUAAUUCUAUUAUCGAAACGGCCUUGUCUACGUCCCAGAGCGAAAGAUUGCUGCAGGAGAAGGUGAAGAGAUUGACUCCCGCUUUCAGUGGCUCAUGCGCCUUGCUAUCCCUAUAUGACCCUUCUGCAAAGACACUACAUGUGGCAUGUACCGGUGAUUCAAGAGCAGUCUUGGGAUCUCUAGGCACAGACGGAAAGUGGGAGGCAACACCUCUAUCAGUCGACCAAACUGGUUUCAACGAAGAAGAGGCUGCUAGGAUACACGAUGAACAUCCUGGUGAGAACGUCGUGGUCCAGGGACGAGUGUUAGGUUUUGGGACGUCACGAGCUUUUGGUGAUAGUCAGUUGAAGUGGCCUUUGGACUUCCAGCAGGAGGUGUAUCAGAGAUUUUACGGUCCAAGUUGGAACGGGGCCAUUCAAACACCCCCAUAUGUGACAGCUAAGCCUGUUGUCACAAGCACUAAAAUCGACCCUGAGAGCCCCUCCUUCCUUAUCAUGGCAACGGACGGCUUAUGGGAUAUGCUCUCCAGUCAGCAGGCAGUCGACCUGGUUGGGAAAUGGUUGGAACCGGACGCACCUGAGAACCGCACUGACCCGGAGCCAACCUAUGAACCGUUUGACUUUGGGCCAUUGUGGAAGGGCAUGGAAUGGAAAUUUGUGGAUGGACGGACAACAGCGCAGGAUGACAAUGUCGCUGUGCAUCUAGUGCGUAAUUCUCUUGGGGGAAAUCAUCACGAGAUGCUAGCAGGCCGUCUCGCUUUGAGCCCCCCAUUUUCCCGACAUGCACGAGACGAUGUGACUGUGCAGGUGGUUUUCUUUCACAGAAACGGCCACAGGAACAAGUAUCAAAGCAGCGAUUAAUACUUUGGGCAUUCUUCAUUAUGGGGAGCAUGCGGCUGGCAAGUAUACCC